AUGAUCAACUAUAUCCUUACUGUGAAAUUCUAUAUUUCUCUGAAUCUUCCGCGAAAGGAAGAUGGAAACAACUUUGGUGUGGAAGUCCAGAGUGAGAUUAUCAGCAAUCUCUCGGAUUCGUUGGACUCAGCUCGUCAAGUUCUGUCAGAAAUGAUCACUUACUUUGCAACUCGCGCUUCGUACAUCGUGAGCAGUCGUCAAAACCCUCACAUCGCUGAUUACAUGAAUGGAAUUGCGACAUACGACAACAAAGAGUAA